GGUAGAGAUGGGGUCUCACUGUUGCUCAGGCUGGUCCUGAACUCCUGACCUCAAAAAGUGACUUCAAGAACUCCUGACCUCAAGUGAUCUUACUGCCCCAGACUCAGAAUGCUGGGCUUUGAAGGACAAGCAGGGGUGGGAGAGGCAGACACCAGCUCUUGCCAACGCUUAGAGAAGGCACCCCUCAUGCCAGGGCAGAAAAGGAGGAGUUGGGUGUACAAAAAGGAAGAACCAUAGGACUGAAGGCCUGGGAUAGAGGAAUGGAGUUUGGGGAUGCAGCAUUGAGAAGUCUGGGAUACAGAACUAGUCCCCUUCCAUGUGGAAAGAGAGGCUAGGCAGGUGCUGGGGGACCUCACAUUUGGAAAUGCCAGGAUCAGCCCCAGGGUGGGGCAUCAGGGAAAUGAGGUGGGAGUGGACCCUGGGAACCCAGGGGCCUCAGGGAUGGUGUGGGAGGUAGUAUUGCGGUUGGCGGUCAGUGCCCAGGGCUGGGGAUGGGCUCAGCGCCCAGCGGUGGUGGGUAGUAAGGAGCAGCCCCAGCUAAGACCCCUCCACCCCCACCCGCUGUCGGGAAGUUCAGCCAGAGGGCAGAGUGCUUGGGGUGGCGCUGCCCUCCCUCUCCCUUUACCCGCUCCCAGCCCCUGCCCUCCCCCACCCCCCACCAGCGGCCGCGCCUCGGGUUUCCGGAGGGGCCGGAGGGCGGGUGGGGCGUCACGUGCGCGUGCCCCGGGGGCCGGUUGGUCCGUGGUGGGGAGGGGCCGUGCGCUGCCCUAGGCGGGGUCGGGGUCUGUAUGGGGUCAGGGUCUGGCCAGGGUCAGCUCCUCGGAGAGACAGGAGAGCGCGGGAGCGCCCCAGUGGCCAGGGCGCGCGCAGAGGGAGCCCCGCUAAUCCCGGGUCUUCGGUCCUCUGGGCGCGGCGCUUACGGGAUCCGCGGCGGGGGCGGCGCCCAGGCCCGCCAUGAGCUCCCCGCCGCCUGCGCGCAGUGGCUUUUACCGCCAGGAGGUGACCAAGACCAGCUGGGAGGUGCGCACUGUGUACAAGGACCUGCAGCCCGUGGGCUCGGGCGCCUACGGCGCGGUGUGCUCGGCAGUGGACAGCCGAACGGGAGCCAAGGUGGCCAUCAAGAAGCUGUACCGGCCCUUCCAGUCCGAGCUGUUCGCCAAGCGCGCUUACCGUGAGCUGCGCCUCCUCAAGCACAUGCGCCAUGAGAACGUGAUUGGGCUACUGGAUGUGUUCACUCCUGAUGAGACCGUAGAUGACUUCACAGACUUUUACCUGGUGAUGCCGUUCAUGGGCACUGACCUGGGCAAACUCAUGAAGCAUGAGAAGCUGAGUGAGGACCGGAUCCAGUUCCUGGUUUACCAGAUGCUGAAGGGGCUGAAGUAUAUCCAUGCUGCUGGCAUCAUCCACAGGGACCUGAAGCCUGGCAACCUAGCAGUGAAUGAGGACUGUGAACUUAAGAUCCUGGAUUUUGGCCUGGCCAGGCAGGCAGACAGUGAGAUGACUGGAUAUGUAGUGACACGGUGGUACCGGGCACCCGAGGUCAUCUUGAACUGGAUGCGCUACACACAGACUGUGGACAUCUGGUCUGUUGGCUGCAUUAUGGCAGAGAUGAUCACAGGGAAGACGCUUUUCAAGGGCAACGACCACCUGGAUCAGCUCAAGGAGAUCAUGAAGGUGACAGGCACACCGCCGCCUGAGUUUGUCCAGAGACUACGGAGCGCGGAUGCCAAGAACUACAUGAAGGGCCUCCCGGAGCUGGAGAAGAAGGACUUUGCCUCCAUCCUGACCAACGCCAGCCCCAUGGCUGUGAACCUCCUGGAGAAGAUGCUUGUGCUGGAUGCAGAGCAGCGGGUGACGGCAGCUGAGGCACUGGCCCACCCCUACUUCGAGUCCCUCCACGACUCAGAAGACGCGCCUGAAGCCCAGAAAUACGAUGACUCUUUUGACGAUAUGGACUGCACGCUGGAUGAGUGGAAGCGUGUCACGUACAAAGAGGUGCUCAGCUUCAAGCCUCCUAGGCAGUUGGGGGCCAGGGUCUCCAAAGAGACAGCUCUGUGAAGAUCUCUGAGCUCCAGGGUGGUGGUAGGAGCCUCUCACCUUGGCCUGCUCCCUGGGAGGGGGAUCCUGGUGACUGCCUUGAGCCUACUGGAGGCUGGCAUCCCAAAGUGUCUACUUGGAGCAGACCUCUCUUCCUCCAAGCCUAUUUCUGUGCUGUCUGGCACCACCUCAGCACCUUCAGGACCUCUUCCUGACUUGGGGAUCAUCUCUGAGCCCUGGAGCCUUGGCCUCCUCUGCCAGGGUGCAACCAGAAACUUCAGAGCCAGCAGAGCACCGAUUCAAGUCCUGGUCUCUGAGCCCUGCUGGGCCCCAGCUCAGGAAUGUCAUUUGGGGCUCUCCUUUACCCCCAGCCUAGAAUGUAAAUCAGCCUGUGGUUCAUCCAUGUGGCUGGAAGGGAAUAAACUCUUUGUAAAUCACCCA